AUGAAUGAGAACAUCAACAACCCCUAUCUGGUAACCCAUCCCGCCUUGCCGCCGAUGGCAUCGGACGCAGCCGAAGCCUUCCUUCCAGUUCAAGCCCCAACGAUCGAUGCCGGCGCGCCCAAGAACCCUGAACACCUCGCUGCAGCCCACAAGCAAUUGCUCCAGCGCUCUCUCUUCAGCAUCAUGGUGCCCCAAAGUGUGACGGCCGUAGAAUGCGCCGCUGCGGUGUCUCGUUUCCACAAGGUCUCCGGAGAGCACGACGGCGCACUUGUACCGGCUUGGGCCCAGCUGUUCAUGCAGAACAUGCAAGAGUUCCAGGAGAACACCACAGCUCAGUUGACACGGAUUCAGCAACACAUUGCCAAGUCUACCAAUUCUUCUGUGAUUUAUCCCGAAGACAGAUUGGCUUGCGUCCCACACCUCAACGGGGACGCUCCUCCAGUCUUCUUCCCUGAAACUUUGGAAGCCUUUCGUGAGCUUUCGGAGCAGGAGUGCGACACCUUGCUGGCCUUCUACAGUCAAAAGGUUCAGGGGACGGUGAAAGAGCGCCGUCAUGCUCUGGCCGCCAUUUUGGGAUUGCGUCGCCGUGCUUGCUGA